UUUUAUUUCGAAAAAAAAGAGAAAGAAGAAUCUGAUUAUUUGCAGUACAAAGAAUCCUUUCUUUCUUUCAUCAUCACAAACUGACUAUUAUUAACACUCUCUAUCUCUCUUUUUCUGUAAUAUAAAGCAACAUCAAGACAGUGAUUCCCGUGACUUUAACCUGCAACAAGAGAUAAAUAAAAAUAAUGGCUUUACAUCAUCACUAUUCCCACGGGCUAGCCUACUAGUUACAGUUUCUCUUUAACCUCAUCACUGUUUAAAUUUUCUAUCUCAUUAUUUUUCUUUUUGUGCUUUUCUUUAAUGGGUCAUCUUUUUUAAUCAAUCGCACUUGUUUUAUUAGUACCAAAACCAACUCACAGCCUUCUUCUUGCUCUCUUCGUUAUAACUAUCUUUCCCUCCGUUGUCUCCUCUCUCACUCUAGAGUAAUAGCUUUGCUACUCUAGUUCCUAUCUACUGCUGUACUAUUAUUACCUGCUUUUCUCUCUAUAAAGGGCACAUAUUAGUGAAAGAAACAAAAAUGCCAAGUUCAAGUUCAAGCUCAUUCUUGAGACAGAUAAGUAAGACAGAAGCUUGGAGAUCAACGUCCAAGAGGUGGGGUUGUAAUAAUAACAGCAGCAGCAGCAACUUGAUUUUUGACAGAAGCUUGAAGCAAAUGGAAGGGUUUAACAUGUAUGGUAAUGGUAAUAACAGUAGUGGUUUGGUUAUGAGGAAGAGAGUGAUGGUAGUAGUAGAUCAUACUUCUCACUCAAAGCAUGCAAUGAUGUGGGCAUUAACACAUGUUGCUAAUAAGGGAGAUUUGCUUACUUUGCUUCACAUUGUACCUCCUAUUCACAGUGAAAAGGCUGAUGCUUCUUCUCCUUAUCUUGCUAAUUCUCUUGGCUCUCUUUGCAAGGCUUGUAAACCUGAGGUGGAAGUGGAAGCACUGGUAAUCCAAGGGCCAAAGCUAGCCACAGUGAUGAACCAAGUGAAGAAGCUAGAUGUGUCUGUCCUAGUUCUAGGCCAGAAAAAACCCUCUCCCCUUAUCACCUGCCUCUGUGGAAUCAGCAGCAGUGAGGGGUUUGUGGAGAAAUGCAUCAAGAAUGUAGAGUGCCUGACUAUUGGAGUGAGCAAGCAGAGCAAAAGUGUAGGUGGUUACCUUAUCAGCACCAGAUGGAGAAAGAACUUCUGGCUCUUGGCUUAGUUCUACUAAGUGAAUAACUAUAAUUAGAUAGAAUAACUUGUUAUUAUUAGAUCCUAAUCUCCAUCUCUGUAAACUAUUACCUACCAAGUACUAACUAGAUGUCAUGAAUAUCUCUCUGCUCUGUGUCCUUCCUCUAGACUUGAUAACCAAAUAGUAAUUAUCCAAUAAAUGUAAGAUUCUUAUGGAUGAA